AUGGCUAACCCCGAUAUGAACUUGAGUGUUGAACUUUCCAUGGUUAUCAGUGCUAGCACAAGUCAAAGUUAUAAUAAAGCAGAAGUCGUCAAGUUACUGACUACGGGUGCUGACAUUAACUUUCAAGAUGCAAAUCGUAAUUUUAACACUCCGCUACACUUGGCAAUACAAAGAAGAAACAUUGAACUGAUAAAAGUUUUGCUGGAUUUUAAACCAAGCCAAAAGAUAAGCAACAUGAAUGGUGAACGACCGAGAGAUUUUGCGAUGAAUCUUAAUCAUUUUGACAUCGUGAAGUUGCUAGACGCGCAUCGUGAAACAUCAAAAGUUCUUCAAUCAGGUGUUGAUCAUCAUCACACCUUUGAUAACGAUUCAGGCGUCUCUCUCGAACCUCAAUCUGAUUACAAAUUGAAGAAGCCCACGUUUUAUGUAAGCACGAGGGUUGAAUAUAUUUUAUCAAUAUCAAAAAUUGAUCCCUAUUUCAAAAGAACAAGUUUCGAUACUGAAGCAUUGAAAGAAAUUUAUGCGAAGUUAGAUGAAAAUGUCUCUCUAAGGCCAUUGCUCAAAAUAACUAAGGAAAUCAGAAAUUUGGAGAUUUAUUAUCUCUUCGAUCAAGAAAAUGACGAGUUGAGCAGUUGUAACGUUAACGAGUUAACUGGAACAAUAUUCAUCUAUGGACCUAGAAACGUUGCAGCAAUUUCAGCAACACUUGCACACAGAAUUCUCCACUACACACUAAAUCACAUAAAUGACAAUGACUGUAAACCAUAUCGAAGGAAACAAGCUGAAAAGAUGUUUAAGUUUAAGAAGAUUGUAACAGUUUAUAAAAGAAAGAUUGAAAACUUAAAUCCGAUUAUGCAGCAUGUUUUCGAUUUUCCAGAAGAUUUAUGGGACGCAGAGCUAAUAGCAUGUGUGCCAUACAUUCUUGCAUUUUACCACGACGACCUACCGACAUUGCACACCAUCAUUCAACAUCACCAAGAUCUUUUUGACUUCUAUUAUGGAGUGGUUUUAAAAGACAUUGACGAUUAUUUAGUUCGUGAAAAUCUUAAAAGAUUUAAAGCUCGACCAGUUGAGGGAAGUUCAUUCGGUAAAGCUAAAAGUUAUGAUCCUUACAAACUCGAGAGAAUGGAUGAAAAGUACGGUAGCAACUAUCGACAUAACAAGAGAAAUAAUCAGGAUUUGGAAAGGAUUUGUGUCAUCUUAUAA